AUGAAAUAUUUAAUUUUAAGACUAAAAUUAAAUAAUUUAGUGCUUCUUGAUAAGAAAAAAAUAUCAUCAUUUUAUAUAAAAGCAUUGACAAAAGAACAGGAAAUUGAACAAAAAGCUAAUAAAAUAAUAGCUGAUUUUCUUGUUUGGUUUAAUUGGGGAUAUUCAUUAUUAAAUGAAAAAGGAAAACGAAAGGAUAAUGAAAAAAGGACGAAUAUUUUGGCAGUUUGGAAUGCUCAAAGAUACAAUCAUUUAGUUCAUUAUCUUAAAUUGCUUUGGAUUGAGGAGUUUAGAUUUGAGGAGACAAAAAUUGAAUUAUUAUGCAAGCUUGAAUUGUUGAAAUUAAUGAUUGAACGUUUAAUGAAAGAAAAGCUAGUUCCUGAUAUAAAUGUAAUCCUUGCUGAAUGGGGCGUAAUCGAGAGAGCAGAAUAUUACAAAGCAAACAAAAACAUAAGCGAGACAUUUGAGGAAUGGCUAAGAGACAGACAUUAUGAAAUGAUAAAAAAUUUGGUAGAAGAUAAUAAAAGUAAUUUACUUGCAGUUCUGAUAAAAUGUUGGUAUUUAUUUGAUUUUAUUUUAAGGUGCUGGAGGAGGGUGUAG